AUGGCUGCCAUAUUGGAUGGGAAGUGAGCCCCAUCCCUCCGCCCACUAAGCUGAGUUUCCCCUAGACCGGCUCUGGAAGGUGGCGAUAGGGGUGUCAUUUAUCCUUAGAUUGAAGCAUUCUUGUUAGCCAGUUAUAUUAUUUUUUUUUUUACUUUGGUGUGUAGCCCCGGGCACUAGUAGGAGCAAAAAAGACUGACAAGAUGGCGGACCCGGCGGAGUGCAGCAUCAAAGUGAUGUGCCGCUUCAGGCCUCUCAAUGAAUCUGAAGUCGUCCGGGGGGAUAAAUACGUGGCCAAGUUUCAAGGAGAGGACACUGUUGUGGUUGCGUCUAAACCUUAUGCUUUUGACCGUGUGUUCCAGUCAAGCACAUCACAAGAACAAGUUUACAAUGCCUGUGCAAAAGCAAUUGUUAAAGAUGUCCUUGAAGGGUAUAACGGUACAAUAUUUGCAUAUGGACAGACAUCAUCUGGUAAAACGCAUACAAUGGAGGGGAAACUGCAUGACACGGAUAUGAUGGGCAUCAUUCCUAGAAUUGUACAAGAUAUAUUUAAUUACAUUUAUUCUAUGGAUGAAAAUUUGGAGUUCCAUAUAAAGGUGUCCUAUUUUGAAAUUUAUUUGGACAAAAUAAGAGACCUAUUGGAUGUAUCAAAAACAAAUCUCUCUGUUCACGAAGACAAAAACAGAGUACCAUAUGUAAAGGGUUGUACAGAACGUUUUGUAUGUAGUCCAGAAGAAGUGAUGGAUACUAUAGAUGAAGGAAAAUCUAAUAGACAUGUAGCUGUGACAAACAUGAAUGAACACAGUUCUCGAAGUCACAGCAUUUUUCUAAUUAAUGUAAAACAAGAAAAUACUCAAACUGAACAGAAGCUAAGUGGUAAACUUUUCCUUGUUGAUUUAGCAGGUAGUGAAAAGGUUAGCAAAACUGGAGCUGAAGGAGCUGUACUGGAUGAAGCCAAAAAUAUUAACAAGUCAUUAUCUUCCCUUGGCAAUGUUAUAUCUGCUUUGGCUGAAGGCAACGUGUAUAUUCCAUAUCGUGACAGUAAAAUGACUAGAAUUCUCCAAGAUUCACUGGGUGGAAAUUGCAGAACCACUAUUGUUAUUUGUUGUUCACCAUCUUCUUAUAAUGAGUCUGAGACAAAAACAACUCUCAUGUUUGGACAAAGAGCAAAGACUAUUAAGAAUACAGUAUGUGUUAAUGUGGAGCUUACUGCAGAACAAUGGAAAAAGAAAUAUGAAAAGGAAAAGGAGAAAACAAAGAGUCUGCGCAGUACUGUACAGUGGCUUGAAAAUGAACUUGCUAGAUGGCGCAAGGGGGAAACUGUGCCAAUUGAAGAGCAGUUUGACAAGGAAAAGGCAAAUUUGGAUGCUUUUGUGAUUGAAAAUGUAGUUGCUAAUGACAUACCUGCAGCUACAAUCGCUGCUCCUUUAACUGAUGCUGAGAGAAGAAAAUGCGAGGAGGAAGUUACAAAACUGUACAAACAGCUGGAUGACAAAGAUGAAGAAAUUAACCAACAGAGCCAGUUAGCUGAAAAACUAAAGCAGCAAAUGUUGGACCAAGAAGAGCUGCUUGCAUCCACACGUCGUGACCAGGAUAAUAUGCAAGCAGAGUUAAACCGUCUCCAGGCUGAAAAUGAUGCCUCCAAAGAAGAAGUAAAAGAAGUUCUGCAGGCUUUAGAAGAACUUGCAGUAAACUAUGAUCAAAAGUCACAGGAGGUUGAAGAAAAGGCUAAAGAGUAUGAAAGUCUAAGUGAAGAACUCAGUCAAAAAUCAGCAAUUUUGUCCAGUUUAGAUUCUGAACUGCAGAAACUUAAGGAAAUGACCAAUCAUCAGAAAAAAAGAGCAACAGAGAUGAUGACUUCAUUAUUGAAAGAUCUAGCUGAGAUUGGAAUUGCAGUAGGGAACAAUGAUGUUAAGCAACCUGAAGUGAGUGGUAUGAUAGAUGAAGAGUUCACUGUAGCAAGACUCUACAUCAGUAAAAUGAAAUCUGAAGUGAAGAGCAUGGUAAAACGCUGCAAGCAGUUGGAAAGUACACAGUCUGAGAGUAAUCAAAAGAUGGAGGAGAAUGAUAAGGAGUUGGCUGCAUGUCAGCUUCGUAUUUCCCAGCAUGAAGCAAAGAUAAAGUCAUUGACAGAAUAUGUACAGAAUGUGGAACAGAAGAAGAGACAGAUCGAGGAGUCUGUAGAUUCACUUAACGAGGAACUUGUGAAGCUGCGAGCACAGGAAAAAGUUCAUGAAAUGGAGAAAGAACAUUUGAAUAAAGUGCAAAGUGCUAAUGAAGUUAAGCAUGCUGUGGAGCAGCAGAUUCAGAAUCAUCGGGAAGUUCACCAGAAACAACUGAGCAGUCUCAGGGAUGAGAUUGAUACCAAGGAGAAGGUUAUUACAGAGCUUCAAGACCAAUAUCAGAAGAUAAUGCUUGAACAGGAACGACUUAGGGUGGAACAUGAGAAGUUGAAAUUUGCAGAUCAAGAGAAAAGCAAAAAAUUACACGAUCUCACUGUCAUGCAAGAUAGACGAGAACAAGCCAGACAGGAUUUGAAGGGGCUAGAAGAGACUGUGGCUAAAGAACUACAGACCCUGCAUAACCUUAGGAAGUUAUUUGUUCAGGAUCUGACUACUCGAGUUAAAAAGAGUGCAGAAAUGGACUCCGAUGACACAGGAGGUAGUGCAGCACAGAAACAGAAAAUUUCCUUUCUAGAGAACAAUCUUGAGCAGCUCACCAAAGUCCACAAACAGUUGGUACGUGAUAAUGCAGAUCUGCGGUGUGAGCUUCCAAAGCUGGAGAAACGACUUAGAGCUACUGCUGAGAGAGUUAAAGCCUUGGAAUCUGCACUAAAGGAAGCAAAAGAAAAUGCAUCACGUGAUCGAAAACGUUAUCAACAAGAAGUAGAUAGAAUAAAAGAAGCUGUUCGAUCCAAGAACAUGGCUAGAAGAGGACAUUCUGCACAGAUUGCUAAGCCAAUUCGCCCCGGGCAGCAUCCAGUCUCUUCUCCUACCCAUCCAAAUGCAAUUCGUGGGGGAACAGUUUUUCCUCAAAAUAGUCAGCCAGUUGCAGUUCGUGGAGGAAGUGCUAAACAAGACAAAGUUUGUUGAAGGAUCAUCGAAGUACAGAAUGGAUUAAGAAUCAUGCCGUGGUGUUUGUAAAUGGGAUUCACUUAUCUUUUUGGGGAUUGUAGGAUUGUUUUUCAAAUUGUAAUUUAUACCUGGCUUGUACAGCUACUCCCUGCCUCCCCAAUAUUUUUGUCAGUUCCUAAUAAUUUUAAGUAAAACUAGAGAGCAUUUUUGUGUCCCUUCAAGACAUGCAAUUUAAAGCAUAACUCCAUCCAUUGCACAGUUUGUGAUCCACGUCUUAAAUUUAGUCUGCACUGUGCCAAGUUUAAAUGUAAUUUGCUGGUUACUUAGAUCCUAGUAAAUGGCCUUGUUAAGUUUACAUAAAAGGUGACUUGGUGGGACAUGGAACAAAACUAUAACAGCUUAAUACUUCCAAGCUAAUCUUUUUUUAAAAAAUGCGUUAUACUGUCAGACUGAAUGUGAAGACAGUGUUCAUUCAGAUAUAUAAAGUGACUUCAUUUAACUUUAAUGCUAAAAUACUGUAGUUUUGUACAGUCUGCUACAGUAUCUAGAUACUAAAGUGUGCUUAUGAUACCUGCCAUUGAGUUCUGAAAUCCCCCCCCCCCCCCGUCAUUUUAAAUACCAGUUGAUGGUUUCAAAUUAAUCAAGGCUGCUCUAUUAUCUAGCAGAAUAUCUGCUACUAUAUGGUUGUCUGUCUGUUUAAAUAAUGUAUAGCAACAAAUACAAGAGUACAUUUUUAUAUGAGAGAAAAUGCAUCUUUGUUUUAAACAUUGAUACUGUCCUGUGUGUCACAAUUUUUUUUGGAAACAUUCUGCUUCAUUCUAUUUUAUAAUAAAGGAUCACCACAACCUAUUUAAUGGUUUUACUGUAAUGCAUGGCUUGCACUGGAUAUGGUUUUGACAUGUCAAUAUUGUAGCAAGUUUUAGUUUUAUUGUAAAAUUUACAUUCCCUGUAUUUAUGGUUAAUUUAUACUUUAUUGUAUUCAUAUAGACUCCCAACCAUGUAGUUAAAACUCCACUUCAGCAACUUAGAAUAUUAUAAUAUUCAAUACAUUUUCAAGAGCAUAUUGGCCGACAUAUGUUCGAAAGUAUAAAGUGCCAGUAGAAUUGAUCAAUCACUGAGAAGGUAAAGUGUUGAGACCUAAAAAUCUCAACUUUAUAAAAUUACAUUAGAAAAAUCUUUACACUUUUUUUUUUUUUUUUUUUUUUUAAAUUAAUUAAAACUUCCAUUUUAGAUUUUUAACUUUCUUAUAUUCACAGAGUAUCGUGUUCUGCAUACCUCCUUCUAUCUGUUUAUGCUUUUGCCAGAACAUUGUAUUGCAGAAGUUGCUCGAAUGUUUUUUUUUUCUUUGUAGCUUAAUGGGGAAAACCAUAUAUUAAACCACUUACCAUUAGUUUACUAUAUGCACUGUAAUUCUAAUUGACCUAAUUUGUAAAAUGUUGCUAAACAUUUGUGAUUUUGUGGACUGCAAGUGGAAUAUGCAUUUUAUGUUAAGCAUUUACUUUAGAAAGUAUUUGCAAAGUGUUUUCCUUUCCUUUUUUUUGUUUUGUUACUUUUUACUUUGAAUAUUUGUUUUGUAUAUUGAUGUUCAUAGGAACCCAUAUUUAAUAUAUAUAUUUUUUUUAAUUGUCAGUUUAAAGGGACAUUGAAAUAUUUCAAUAUGCAUGCACAAUUAAGAAAUGUUUAUACGCAUUUUGUUUUUUGGAGUCGUUUAUUACCAGGAAUACACCUAUUUGAAAAGAAUAUUGAGUAUGUUUAUGUGGCUCCUGCACUGAUCUAAGCAAUCCGUGAAGCAUAGGGCAGGAAAGCUGCAUGGUUUGACCGUUUCCUCCAUAAGUUGAGGUGUGUUAAUUGGCUUUUAAUUGGGAAAAAAUAAAAGAAGCAAUGCGUUUUUGUCAGUUUAGCAAGUGCUUUUUUUCUAAUAUGUUAGGCUCACUUUACCAGUUAAACUACUAUGAUUGUUUAAUGUCACUUUAAAUCAAUAUCAGGACUCUUCGGUUCUGGCCAAUAAUUAUGGUUUGCUGCUUUUGAUCAUAUCAGAAUCACACCCUGUAUAGUUUACACACUCCAUAACUGACUUAAUAUAACCAGCAUUACUUUGAGGUCUAAAUUUGUGACUUAGCAAAUGAUGCUUAUCUUGUUCAGAAUAAGUCAGUAAAAAUGCAUUUUGAACACUAAUACUAUACCUGGAAGUUUUGGUUAUCUGAAGCUAUCCAGCUACUUGUCUCAGGGGGCAAAACUAAGAUGGUAAAACGGUUAAGAGAAUAAUCACAACAGUUUACAAUAAUUUUAAAUGAAGCAGAAUAUUUUCUUUAGUGUCUCCCUUUUUUUUUUUUUUUUAAUCUGAUAGCUGAAUGAGCCCUGGUGAUGUAAAACUGGUUCUUAAAUGAAUGGUUAAAUAAACUUGGACUAAAGACUACACUAUGCAGUACUAUAUAUUUAUGUGUUUACUUUUUUUAUUUCCCAUAACUUAUGUUUUGUGUUAUUUGCCUUUAGUUUAUUUUAACCUAUUUCAAAAACAGAUUUUCUCUGCAAAAACUUUUUUUCCCCCUCUUCUUAUUGAGUGCAUUGACAUUUAGGUAACAUGUAUUUUUUUUUCCCCUGCCUUUGCCUUUUUUUUCUUUUUCUUUUUUUUUUGGGAAAUAGUUAAUACAAACUUGAUAAAUUAAAGUCUAUUUAUUCAUGGUGAUAAACUAAAUUAUUUGUCUAAUUUAAGAAAUACUGACUUGACUUUAACGCCGAACGUUAAUGAAAUCCAAAUAGGAUAUCCAUCAACCGUUUAAUUCCAAUACACACAACACAUUGACAUUGGGACAGUUAAAAUGCCAUUUACUUUGAAUUUUCUGCAUGCUGUAAAUGUAUUUGUGUUUAAAAUAAAGACCUCAAAAUCAAA